UAAAUAAAGUGAGAUUUGUAGUUCUUUCUUUUAAUCAGUUUUCAGUCCAUGUUUUGUGACACAGUUUAGUAUGUGAACCAUCAGGUGAACAGUGGCUGAGAAGCACACACAUUAAACAACAUUGUUAUUAUAUACCUUGCCACCACUGCUCUUUACCUCACCUUGUAAAGGAAAUAUUCAAACAAUUUAUUUUUCUUUUCUUUCAUGGAGAGUAUAAUUUUUAAAGCUGGUUCCCUAUAACAUGUAGGUAGAUUGAGUAUAUCUAAAUAGAUAUUCAUGGGGUGAGAUGUUGCCCCUGUUUUUACCUAGGUACGUAAUUAAUAUAAUAAAUAAUAUUGAAGUGAUAGUUAUUCUCCCUUGGAUAUUUUCCUUCAUGAAAAUACCAUAUCUACACACAUACAAAAUACUUUAGGGCAGGGGUUGACAAACUUUAAUAUGUGUAUGCUAAACAUAUUUGGAUGACCACCUGGUUAAAUUAGCUGGGCAUCCCCUGCAGGUGGGCCUGGAGAGUUGCAGUCAGUGGAUGAGUGGAAAAGGAAUGGCAAGAAAUCGAAAGAUGUCAUGCUCAACCACCAAGAUGCAUCAGUGUCCCUUCUGCCAAUACUCUACAGCUGUCUUAACAAACCUAAACAGACAUGUGGGGCUGGACAGCGGUGAAUACUGGGCUGCUGCAACAUCCCCCAAGCAAUCCUGGACCUGCCCUAGUAACAUCAGGAUGCACAAGUGUCCCUACUGUGAAUAUUCUUGCAGUGUUUUGCCACGCCUCAAAAGGCACUUAAAUGUCCACACUGGAGAGAAGCCAUUUGUUUGUCCCCAUUGCCCGUACAGUUGUUCAAGGAAAGGAAACCUUCAAACACACAUUCGGACACACACUGGGGAAAAACCUUACCAGUGUCCCCAUUGUCCCUAUCGAUCUUCCAGAAUGUUUUCCUUGAAGAGUCACAUGGCUACUCGGCAUCCCAAUCAGUCUCUCACGUCUCUCAACACAUGAUUCAGCAUCAUCACAAAGCUGGUUAAACAAUGUAAAUUUUCAAGAACCUUUUCUGUGUGGCUUUCUUUAUAAGUAUUGUAUUACUUAGUUAUGGAAAUAUUUGACAGUCAUACAGUUGUUUUGUAAAGCAAAUGCAUAUGAUACCUGA